UCCACACUGGUGCUUGUGGCUUGGGGUUUCUGGCUGCUGCUCCGGCCCUGGGGAGCAGGGUGUGCCUCUGAGUCACCACCUGGGCAUCUGGGCCUGGAACCAUGGAUCCAAGAUGUCCAGUCCCCUGGAAGAGGCUAUAUGAAUGUGGUUGUCAACACCUUCUACAAGUACUCCUGUCAAGAGGGUGACAAGCGUAAACUCAGCAAGGGGGAGAUGAAGAAACUUUUGCAGAAAGAACUGCCGAGCACUGUGGGGGAGAAGGCAGAUGAAGAGGGGCUAAAGAAGCUGAUGGAUGACCUUGAUGAGAACAGUGACCAGGAGACAGACUUCCAGGAGUACUCUGUGUUUCUGGCAGCUGUCCUUAUGACAUGGGAAGACCUCUUCCAGGGGUCCCCAGAAGGGCCCUGAAGCAGUGUGCCACUCCCUGCCACAUGUCUCCUGGACCGAUAAGCUCUCUGUCUUUUUGAACUUGUGUUAAAUAAACUUUGGUUUGUUCGUUUGUGGACAA